AUGUCCGCCGACACAACUACCCCCGUCACCACGACGACGAGUGGUGAGAAACCCGCUCACUUGGAGCCCUCCAAGUUGGGGACGAAGGAGUACUGGGACGCCCUCUACACCCGCGAAAUCUCCAACCACGCCUCCAACCCCUCGGACGAAGGCACCGUCUGGUUCGACGACUCCGACGCCGAGAACAAGAUCGUGCAGUUCCUCGACGAGCAAGAGCACGAAUUAUUCUCUGGCCUCUUUACGCGCGACGACGCGGCGGUUCUGGACCUCGGGUGCGGCAACGGUUCCCUGCUCUUUGCGCUGCACGAUGAUGGCUGGGAGGGACGGUUGUGCGGGGUGGAUUAUAGCGCGCAGAGUGUGGAGUUGGCGAGGAGGGUGUUGAGGACGAGGGUGCUUGGGGAGGGCGUGGAUGGGGAGGAGGAGGAUGAAAAAGAAGAACAAACACCAGAGACGAAAAAGGGAGAAGAAGUAGAAGAGGAGGGGGAACAUGCGUUAGAAGAAGAUAUCGGCAUCGAGUUCAAAGUCUGGGACGUCCUCAACGGCGACUUCUCUACCGUCCAAGCCCGGCCCGCCCACGCCCCAUCAUCAGAACAACAACAACAACAACAACGAGAAGAAGGAGGAGACCAAAACGCCGGCUGGGACCUGAUCCUCGACAAAGGCACCUUCGACGCCGUCUCCCUCUCCGACAGCCGGGACUCCCGCGGUCGGCGAAUCUGCGAGAACUACGGCGCGCGCGUCCUCCAGCUCCUGCGCCCGGCGGGUUUUUCCUGGUGA